UGCAAUGCAUUGCUGUUGAAAAUGGCGUCGGGCUCGGAGGUGCCAGAAUAUUCGUCCCCAGCAAAACGGCGAAAGGUCGACGGUUACGACUAUACGUCUAUCAACAGUAUUGAACCAGAUUUCAGAGAUUGCGAGAUCGUACGUGACAGAGCGAAUGAAGAUUUUGAAGAAACAUCGGGUACAGACAGCGCAUAUGCUGAAUUAAGCGAUGAAUCCAAGUCGGCUUCUACUUCUUCAGAUGCUACAAAUUUGACAUCUUCAUCUAGAAUUGAUUCGACCAGUGACGAUACUGGAUGCCCGAUUGACACUGCAGAUGAAAAAGACGAAGUGUCAUCGACAGUAUCCAAUUUGUCCGAUUUAUCAGGUUUAUCUGAACUUUCUGGUAACGGAGAAGUUGGUAAUCAGUGGCGAAACGCCUGUUCGUGGGUGCAAAAGCAAAUGUUAACGGGUACAGAUCCACGAGAUCUUUUACAUCACCUACUCAUGGAUUCCACACAGAUUCCAGAGCAGGUUGAUGACCUGACGUUGUGGAAGAUAAUAAUAAAUAUGAUGUCUGAACCACCACGAAGACAAAAGUUGAGGCAUAUAAAUACGUUAUCCGACGUUGUUAGAUUAAUUCGCAAUAGUAAAAAAAUCAUAGUUCUGACAGGCGCUGGUGUGAGUGUGAGUUGUGGUAUACCUGACUUCAGAAGUAGAGAUGGUAUAUAUUCAAGACUCGCUCAAGAUUUUCCAGAUUUACCCGAUCCACAGGCUAUGUUUGACAUCAAUUACUUUGGCCAAGAUCCCAGACCAUUUUACAAAUUUGCACGUGAAAUAUAUCCUGGACAGUUUAAACCUAGCCCCUGUCAUAGGUUUAUAAAAAUAUUGGACAAACAGAAGAAGCUUUUAAGAAAUUAUUCACAAAAUAUCGAUACUUUGGAACAAGUAGCUGGCAUUGAAAACGUGAUAGAGUGCCACGGCUCGUUUGCUACUGCUUCCUGUACAAGAUGUAAAUAUCAAGUUAAAGCGGACGACAUCAGAGAAGAUAUUUUUGCCCAAAGAAUACCUUUGUGUCCAAAGUGCAGAGUAAACGCCCUACCUUCGAUAGCAGAGACCAACCCCAAUGAAAAUUAUAGAGAUCUCGUGUCUCAAGGUAUUAUGAAACCUGACAUAGUCUUCUUUGGCGAAGGUCUUCCGGAUGCAUUUCAUGACGCCAUGGCAAAAGAUAAGGACGAUUGUGACCUUUUAAUUGUCAUUGGAUCAUCUCUGAAGGUUCGGCCGGUAGCCUUAAUUCCAUCAUCUAUUCCAUCUCACGUUCCACAAAUUCUCAUCAAUCGUGAAUCCCUGCCGCAUCUCAAAUUUGACGUUGAGCUACUGGGAGAUGGUGAUAUUAUUAUAAAUCAGCUUUGUCAUUUAAUGGGUGAUAAUUACAAAGAAGUAUGUUGGCGUGAAAAAGUCCUAAAAGAAGCAUCUCAACUAUUACCAUCGCGUUGUGUACCGGACGAUACGUGGGAACAAAGUCAAGAUAUUGCCGAUCACACAAUAUUACCACAAAGCAGUACAGACGAUAUUUUAACAUCACAUAAUAUUUCUUUAGAGAGUCCAAGCAAUUUAAUAAUCAAUCCAAAUCCGAUAGCUCAAUACGUCCAAAAUACAACAGACGUAUGUGUUUCUUCAACUUUCCAAAUUACUCGUACAGAAAAUGUAGAAGAAACAUAUAACUUGGAUGAAAGUCCAAAGCGAAGGUUAGACAUUUCCAGUAAUGAAAAUAGCCCUAAAAGAAUGAAUCUUGGGUGCCAUUCCGUUAUAAAUUACGUUGCAUGUAAGGAUACAACAGAAACUAGUGAUCAAACGAUACAUUCUAUAGAAUCUAAGAAUCAUAUUAUAUCUGUGGAAUCAACGUCUGAACAUAAUGGCCAAAUUUAUAACUUAGAGGAAUGCCAAGUGGCUCCAAGAUUAAUCGAAUUUCCUUCAAUCAAUACGUUAACGAACAUUACGUCAGAAACAAAUCGAUUUGAGAGCAGUAGGGAAGAAAUUAAAAAAUCUGAUGAAGAAUCCACAUUAAUGAAUCAUGUUGGAUAUGAGAAAACUGUUUUUAAACCACGUCAAACCUCUAUUGAUUCGGCUAUGGAUUCUGGUAUAGGUGAUAGUUGUAAUAGCGUUGAUAGUUCAGAAGAAAAAGGUGAAAUUGGAGAAUCUAAGUCCAAUGAAUUAGAGAGAUACUGUUGGCCUCCUAAAAUUAGAGAAAGUCUUGCUACUAGAUUACCAGAUAAUUCAUAUUAUCAAUUGACACCUGGAAGAUAUAUUUUUCCUGGAGCAGAAAUAUAUUCUGAUCCCGAAGAUUAUGAUAGAUAUUCUCUAUCAGCAAAUUCCGAAAGUUUUGAUAGCGAUAGUGAGUCUUCGUCGGGUGACGAAGAGGAGGAGGAGGAAGAGGAGGAGGAAGAAGAAGAGGAGGAAGAAGAAGAAGGUGAAGGAGAAAGGGAGCAGGAAGAAGAGAUACAUGACACUUGUUCCACUGAUAAUUCAACAGAGAAAGUUAACAAUGAAGCCGAAGACAACAAUGUAAACUGGGCAAGUAAUUCGUAUAGUGGUAUACAAAAUUGAACAUGUACAGAUAUGUGGCAGUCAAUUUUAGUCACUGUUACUUUAAUGAAUUUUUAGCAGAAUUUGAUGAUAUCGUUGAGUAGUUAAUGUACAGUGCAAUUCUUAUCGACGUAACACAAAGCAAUGUUCGAGAUAUACGUUGUCAUACACGGAAUACACACGAAUGAAUUGUGUAGAGUCUUCUUGCUUGGUAAUUAGAAUUAAGUUGUAUCAGACGGUAGAAGCAGAGAAGCUUAUUUAUACGAUUCAUUAGACAUGAGAUUAAUGAUACUUGACCAUAAAGUAUUACCACCGAGUACUGAAAUAUUCAGUUUUUACUCAUGGUUGUAGACUCACAAGUAAUUCAAGGUUGAACUUCAAUCGUUGAAAUAUGAGUUACAUUACAAAUGGUGUAAUAUAUUUCACAACCUCAACAUAUAUAUAUUCAAUGGUAUACAAAACGUACAUGUUUUUCUAAUAUGUGUUACUUUAUAAUUUCAUUUUAAUGUAUUCACAAAGUUUGCUAGAUAAAGUAGUACAGAUGAAACUUUUUGCAAACAUCGAAAGUAAUCGUUGUUUAGAGUUUUUAAAUACAGCUUCUACAAGCUGCAUCUUAUUGUGGUUUUUUCUUUAUAGAAAAUGCGAUGUAGAUUGAAUACAAAAUCACGUUGUGAAUAUAAUAAUUAUUGAAAGACUAAUUUCAUGAAAAUGAUAAGUGUUAUAUCGUUGUAAAGUUACAGUUUCAAAAACUUGUCUAUCGGUUUUUAUAAAUUGAAAGCAUUUUUCUUCCAAUAAGAUUAGAAAUCGCAUUUCUCGUGACGAUCUCCGUGUAUCGUAUUUGAUAAUAUUUUAAAUGAAAUGAGGUACUUUAAAUAUUAUUACAUCGGCAUAUAGAUAUACCAAUGUAACUAGAACUCACACAAAUACGUUAUAUAUUGAGGUUUUCUCUUCGAGAGAUACCAGUGAUUAUUCUGUAAGUAUAUUGAAAUCCUCUUUCGUAUUAUUAUUCUUAUUCUUAUUAUUAUAUACUUCUUCUUUCUCUUCUUCUUUUUCUUCUUCUUAUCAUUAUUAUUUAUCGAUCGAUUCUUUAUAAAGGGAUAUGUAAAUAUAAAUAUCAUAAUUAUACCAUGAUUUCGUAUUAACACAAAAAAAUCAUGAGACGAUAAUAUAACAUGCAAUAAAUGUUCUUUUGUCCUUUGUAUUUGAGAGCCAAAGUAUUGAAAGGAUUGUAAAUAUCAAGCAAUCAUAUAUAUAGAAACACGUUUAAUAUGAGCACUUUAGAUUACUGACCAUCUCGUGCAAAAAAAAAAUACAUUUAAUAUUAACAUUUUAAUGUUUUCAACUAAGAUAAUCACACUCAGUAUGCACGUGAAUUUACGCUAUAAGUAGAGAUUGGCACCGAAAUAAUAGAGAUACGAAUAUAAUUAAGUCGAAGAAAAUCAUUGCCGUAUAUUUCUUUAAGACGGUUGGUAAAGAGGUCACAAAAUUAAUUUUUUUUCGUUUUUCCUUUUUUUUAAAUAUAUAAAAUUUUUAUUGAUAAAAAAGUUUUGAAGAAAAUUUUUGUCAAAUUUUUAUGUUUCACUUAGAAUCCUGUGACUUAUUUACACGUUAGUGCUCUUAUUACAAAUUAUGUUUUCUAUCAAAUCCUGUUUUUGCUCCAAUUAUAAACUGUAUAUUACUAUUCUUCUUCUUUAUCAUUCUUUGCGAUUCUGCAAGGAAUAGAGAUAUCAAUUUUUUUAUUGUAACGUGUUUCAGGCUGAGAUAAAAGUUAACUUUUUUUAUAGCCUCGUUCGAAGAUUAGUGGUAUAUAUAUAUAUGUAUUUUUUUUAUACAUAUAGAUUCUAUAGAUUAACGUGUUAUGUCUCAAAGUUAUUGAUUUUUUUUUUAAAAAAAGGACAAUGAAAAGUUUCUUAGAAAGUCACGUUCCUCGAGUAUCGUAUUGGUGACAGAAAAAACCUCUUUUCUAUAUAGUAAUUUAGAUUUAAUAUAUAUAUAUAUAUAUACACAUAUAUAUACAUAUAUAUAUAUAUACAUAUAUACAUAUACAUAUAUAUACAUAUAUACAUAUAUAUAUAUACAUACAUAUAUAUAUAUAUAUAUAUACAUAUAUUGUACAUCAGCACGAUUAAACGAUGGUCUUAAUGAUUUGGCAAUUAAUAAUUUAAGCUUAUUAAGUUCGACUUUGUUUCAUUGGAGCACGGGCGAAUGUACAAAGCAAUGUUGGAUAGCUUCGCAUUGCGUGUUAUUUUUAUAUGAAUGAAAAAAAAGGUUAGAUUAGUAAUUUACAGGAUAUAAACACAAAGAACAACAAUGCAAUAACUUUCGACAAACCGUUAGCAACAAAUCGUCAUGUACGAUUGUUAUAUUUGCAAGAUAAUUGCAAGACGGUGCAUUGCAAAGUUCGAGCCGAAAAUGCUAAAAAAAACUUAUAAAAUUCAGGCAUUUUGUAUGAAUGCAUCAGAACGAAAGGAUUUGUCAAAGUUAUUAUUGCAGGAAAAAAAAUAAUAAUAAAAAAAAAUGAAAUUGUACAGAAUGAUUAUAUGCGCAACAAGCAGAUUAUGAAUACAGUAAACGUUAAUGUGUACUAAUA